AUGAGUACUAACCAAGAAAAUCAUCAAGACGUAUUCUCUUUUCCUACCCAACUUCCUUCUCUUGAAUUCAGUGGAUAUUCAGGACACCACGCUAUCGAUUAUCAGUAUGAUCUGUCUAUUCAAGAAUUUGAUGCUAAUCCCUUCAUGGAAUUUACUCUCGACGAUCCCUUGUAUUCAUCUUUCUUUAGUACACCAGUGCAAUGCCUAACCCCAGGAGAGUUAUGUUCUGGCGAUCUUAGAAAUGGAUUUGGAUUAAGUAACGAGCUCGGAAGUGGGAACAAUCAACUGUUGUUAUGUGAUAAAAAUCAAGAGAUAAUUAUGAUAAAUGAUCAUGUUGAGGAAAUACCGAAAAAAGAGAAGGCUUCAAGGCAAAUAGAGGAGAUUAAUAGUACAAGAAUGUUGUCUCGAGAAACCAUUUCCAAGUACUUUUACAUGCCUAUAACACAAGCAGCCAAGAAACUCAAUAUUGGGUUGACAUUAUUGAAGAAAAGAUGUAGGGAAUUAGGAAUCCGAAGGUGGCCUCAUCGGAAGUUGAUGAGUCUUCAAACACUAAUCAAGAAUGUUAAGGAACUGGAAAAGGGGGGAGGAAGUGGUAUGGAGCAAAAGUUGAAGGAUGUGAUAAAGCUUUUGGAGGAAGAGAAGAAGAUGUUGGAAGAAGUACCAGACAUGGAACUUGAGGAGAAAACAAAGAGAUUGAGGCAAGCUUGUUUCAAGGCAAACUACAAGAGGAGAAAGCUGAUGAGUAUGACAGAAUUACAGGCUUCCUUCGGCAGUUACUGCAAUAGUAAUCCAGCUGUUGGUAUUGGUUAUGGCCAUAGGGAGGAGGAGGAAGAUGAUGAUGAUGAAGAGAUUAAGUCUCUACUCGCUGACUGUUUCUCUUCAAGUAGCCCAACGUUGGAUGACUGA